AGAGAGCGUGACAUCUCCGUUCCUUCAUUCGUUUUUCUUUUAAAAUCUUUUUUGGUUUUUCCUUAAAUUGAUAAAAGAAGAGAAGUCUUAAUACAGUCGGCAGCACAACUAAACUUGCAGGCCACUCUACCCCGGCACGCCGCCGCUGGUCGAAGGAGGAAGAAGAUCGGUAUAAUUGCUCGCCUGGUGUUGAAGGCGCUCCUGUUUCUUGUGUAGAUCUCCACUCUGUAGUCAAAAUUAUGUUACUUCAUUUCAGAUGACUAUCUGCCUGUGGCCUGUGCUGCUAAUGUCAGAUGUUCUAUCAAGUCCUUUAUGUUUUUGUUAGUAGGAUCCUUUUUAUCUUUAAGGAGAACUGAAACAAAGUGGAAGUGAUUGUAUGGAAGUAGAGUAUUAGAGAAUUUUCGUCAGCAGAAGUUGCUGACAAUUUAUUGAAGUAAAAGUGUGAAUAUUAUAUGCAGAAAGAGGGCUAACGAAGAAGGUGACACGAGAAAGUUGACAUUUUGUGCUUUUCUGACGUGAUUAUGGAGAUAUAGAAAACAGCUGGUGUCAUGGAUGAAUCAUUCACAGUUCAGAUCAGCAGCAACUUAGUGAAAAAACUUCUCGAUGAUGGUGUGGAUGUAAAGAAGAAAACCAGGAAGCCAAGACCGAAAAUUUCCCAAGAACCACAAGCAAAACAGGUUCUUGAUGAUGCAGAGGCACUCAGAGGCCCUUCUUCAACUGCAUGGCCAAUUCAGCCUCCUCUUUACCUGCCACCGCCACCACCUUCUCAUAAAGCUCCAAAUCCAGAGUUAGAGGCCAUCCGUUCUGUCCUUGAGGAGAGCGAGAAAGUCGUGGAGAGGUUGCAUAAGCAGGAGGAGAACAUGUUACAAGAGGUCACUGAAAGAGCAAAGGAUCUUCAUGAUAAAGAGUUCAAGCUUCCACAUCGCAUGCCCAUGCCGUGUCUUGACGAGAAGAAUGCAUGUUUGAAUUGCUACAAGGAACAUAUCAAGGACCCUCUGAAAUGUGCGCAAUUGGUCAAAGAUUUUGCAGAUUGUGCUCGCACAGUUAGGCAGCAAGUCGGUCACGGCAACUAGCUACUCAGCACCAAAUAUUCAGUCACCAUAAAAUAUUUUAUGGUUUCCUUGGAUAUGCUUGAAACACUCGUUCGUGAGUGGCCAAUGCAAGGUUUGGAUGGGUUGGAUACAUUUUGGAAAUUCAUACCAGGAGCCAUGUUUUAGGUUAUGGAUGACUCCUACGUUUCCAUGGUUGUUAUUCUCUCAUGAUUCUUAACUGUGAUUCUAUUAGGAAAUCUUGGAAGAGUGGCUCCUUCAUUGCUGAAAUUGCCACAAAACUUUGAAUAAGUUCAUCACCAAGUUCAGCCUUUCCUACUUACAUUUUGAAAUUUUUGAACUAGUUUUAUUGCCAGAUGAGAGGGCCUUUUAGGCUUGUAUUAAAUAAUGUUGGUUGUUCACUAGUUUUGUUGCGAAUUGACCGCUUUAUUUGAAAAUGUGAAGAGAAAGAUCAUUACUCA